UAGGAGGUGCUUCGAUGCCUGUUCGGCUCGCUUCCAUCUCGCGGUUCGCGUUCACGGUAUAGCCGUAUAUGUAAGAUACGGUGCGUGUAUACGUCGCACGUGUACACAUAUACACACACCCAUAUAACAUACGUAACACUCACGCGCACACGGACACGUAAAAAUACAUAUGUGCGUUUCGUAUUGUGAUACGAGUCGAGUGGCCGAGCGUGCAUGUGCCGGGAGCACUGCUGGAUGUACGUGAUCGGCUGGACGCGUCGCUGAUCGCCGUUUCUGACCUCUCUCUUUCUCUGUUUCUCUUUCUCUUUUUCUCCUCUCUCUUUCUUUUCCUUUUAUUCUUCUCUCCUCUCCUCGCGUAUCUCCUUUUUCCUUCUUCUCUCCCCCGUCUUCCUCGUCCUCCAUCUCCUUCUCACGAACGCACCAAAUGUUCGCGCCGCAUGCACCGAGUGCCCGCAGCACCGCCGCCGCUCGCUUUCGUCGCCGUCGUCGUGCCGUCUGACGGCGCGUCCGCCGUUCGGCAAACGAUCACCGCGUUCCGAUACGGUGGAUGACUCCACCAGGAACGAAUUAGUAAAAGAAGACGACGAAUAAGAAGAAGGGAAGAGGUAUAAGGACACAGGAGGUACAGAGUGAAAGAGAGAGGGGACGAUUUUCACGAACACGCUCGCGAAACAUCCUUUUGUCGCGCGCGCGGAUUUCCCUUGCGGAUUUUUCCUUCAGGUUUUCAUCUCUCUUUCUCUCUCUCUCUCUCUCGCUCUCGCUCUCUCCAUCGCGUCCGGGGCCAUUUUGCCAAAAUGAAAAUAACACCGCGAGCCACUUUUCGCGGAUACCCCGCGUCCGCGGUUCUGCUCGCUAUCCUCGUCUGGUGCCACUGCGUGUGCUCGAUCGCACACGCAAGAUCGCACCGCUUAAAGACGACGUCCAACGGCACCGAACUCGUCGUCGACUGCGAGCUGGUCAGGCCGUUCUUCAGCACCAAGAACUUCACGCUCGAGCCGGCCGCCGCGGACUCUCUGAGGACGACAUGCGGCGGCAAGUGCUGCGGCGAAGAGAUGGAGAAGCGUCUGAAGCAACAAGCCCAUGUGGACUUCCACAAUCUGAUCCAUCAUCACAGUAGAAGUCUGCAAGGCCUCCUCGCCACCACCGCUGACGCUCUCAGAGAGACGGUGAUCGUGUUGCUGCGGAGGUCGGAGAACAAGACACUGGUCAUGUUCGAUCAAGUGUACCGCUCGAUGGCGGUGCAGAGCAGAUCGUCAAUCCGGGCGCUCUACCAGGCGAUGAUGGACUACGUGUCGCCGGCCAACACCCCGGACAAUCUGCAGCAGCCGUUGACGCGAGAAACGCUGCAGGAGCGGAUCAGCCAAUUCUUCACGCGGCUCUUCCCGAUCGCCUAUCAUUACGCCAUUAAUCCGCAUCAGGAUCGGCAGGACUUCACCGACAAGUUUAAAUCCUGCCUGUAUGAGAGGAUCGACGACAUACAACCGUUCGGUGACACGCCGCAGGAGAUAUUUAAGAAGAUCGGCAAGAGCCUGGAGGCUACCAGGAUUCUCGUGCAGGCGUUGACACUCGGUAAAACUGUCCUCGACAAGACUGACAACGUGUUAUUUGCUACCAGCAACGGUAACAGUCUUCAGCAGGAGGCCUGUUACGAUGCCCUGCUUAGGAUGACUUAUUGUCCGAAAUGCAAGGGAAUCAAUGAGGCUGUAAGUCCCUGCAGCGGAUUCUGCACAAACGUGGUGAGAGGCUGCCUGACGGAGCCGGCAUCCGAACUGGAUCUCGCGUGGUCCGGUUACGUGGAGGCGGUCGAGAGGCUCGUCGCGGCGGUGAGCGGCAACACCGAUUACCACGGUUUGAACGUCAGGAUCGCCGUCAGGGAGUUGGACUCCCGCAUUUCGGAUGCCAUCAUGCACGCAAUGGAAGACGGUCCGCGGCUCGAGGAGAAGGUGAGAAAGGUGUGUGGUCGUUCGGAGUUGCUAUCGCCCGAUAGCGAGAAAAGCCCAGUGUCCUCGGAUGCAGCUGCGAAAUCGUCCACGUCGUCCACUGGCGAGGUGCAUACAGCUGCAUCGUCGUUACCAUCUCACGCACAAGACAGCGUGCUGAACAAGUUGCACAAGCAGCUGGUUAACUUCCUGGCGAGCGUCCUCAGGUCCCGCAUCUUCUACGGCACAUUAGCGGACGCGAUCUGCGAGGAGUAUCCCGACAAACACUGCUGGAACGGCGAACGUGUCGGAGAAUAUACGAAAACCGUGGUGGAUUCCAGUCUGAACGCUCAAAGAUACAAUCCUGAAUUCACGAUAACGAUGUCGACGACGCCAGCUAGCUACUCCGGCAAUACGAACACCAGCGCGCUCAUUGACCAAUUGAGGCACAUUAAUCAGUUGGUGCAGUCCCAAUUGUCGUCCGACAUUGGACCAGAUGCCUUUCUGGCCGACGAGGCCUUGGACGGCUCCGGAAGCGGGGACAGCCCGGUUUGGAGGCAGCACGGAAACGGUGAGAUCGAUGACGACGAGGACGGCCACGAUCGCGACGAUGACGACGAGGCCUCCGGCUCCGGAAUGGGUCCCACCACGAUAGACCCGUCGAUGAAGACUCAUCCGAAUGGUCCGCUCCACGAUGGGUCGUCAACGAUCUUGUUAUCAUUCGCGGCCCUCGCUAUCGUCUGUGCAUCGCUUAUCGCUUAAUCGGUUACAUCGCCAAGAGGGUAUGAUUUCGAUCGCGAUUCACGGCCAACGUAGACAAGGCAUAGAUAAGAAGAGUUAAACUAGUUUCGCGAUCGGAGGAUUGUUAGCAGGUCGGAUCCUAUCCACUUUUCACACGGGAUUCUUCCGGCGUGCGUGAAUGCCGAUGAGCAGUCUCGUAAGGAGAUUCACGGGUGAGCUUCCGCCUGCCGGAAUCGCGUACAAGCGAUGCCGUUGAUAAUUUAUCGAUGGCGUGUUGGGCAGCGAAGCGAACUGUUCCUGCCGCGAUCCCGCUGGAAGGACGCCGCGGUUCUCAGUGAUAUAUAUCGGUAUGCGAGAAGCGCGCGCGCGCGCGCGUGUGUGUGUGUGUGUGUGGGUGUGUGUGUGUGUGUGUGUGUGCGCGCGUGUGUGUGAGGGGCGGUUUGUAAAAGUAUACGAUGGGGAGAAAGGGAAAGAGAGAAAAGAGCGUACGGCAAAGUGGAAAGAAGUGAUAGGCGAACCGAGUCUGAGACGUCGCGCUCAUAAAACGGGAUGAUAAAUUUCGCGAUGUUUUCCAGGUGCAGUUUUUCGAUAGGAAUGUUAGUUUCUUUUUCUUAUUUUUCGCGUAUCAAUUUUACGCAGAUAGUUCGCGAAACUGGAGCGCGUGAUGCUUGCCUCGGUAAAACGCGAAAUUAACGCUUUUAAAAUGCAAACGUGACUCUUCCCAAAAGUUAUAUUCAGGAGAGGAAAGGUUCUAUUAAGUUUUGUAAUUUUUACGAGAUGCGCAGCGCGCAUUUAUGCUUUUUGUUUAAAGGGACAGUUAUUGACUGUUUUGAUCGAGUAGAAUAUUAUAAAUCUCGCUAGGAAUACUGCAGUGAAAUUAUCGCCGCCAGAAUCGAGGUUUAAAGGAAGGUCGGUAUUUUGUGUGUGCAUGUUAUAUAUAUAUUUUUAGUAAAUUUUCAAAAUUCACGAUUUUAUUUAUCGCGAAAAAACGAAAUUAUUAGUGAGACGUAUUGGAUUAACUUUGCUCAAAAAUGCCGCGAGCGAUGAGGCAAAUUAUUGAAAGUGCGAAUCGCGCGCGAUAUAAGUCGUUAGCCAAAAGGGUAUCAUAUAGAGUAUCACAUAUCUGUUUAAAAAUGCCAUGUACACCCGUUAUCUCACCCGACUGGCUUCAUGUGGGACUCGAGUCGAAAUGUAUAAGGCCUAAGAGAGAAAAGUUUCCGUCAAACUGAGCGUACUCGCGCCGAGUGUUAGUAUUACAUAAGAAUGCAGGAUGGUGUCGCAGAAGCCAAUAUCGAUCGCCGGCUCCAGGGAGGACAAAACUUCCGAUCCGAAGGUCGACGAGUCCGCUGUCCGACUCCGUUUGUCUUUCGCGAGAGGGGAAAAGUGUGUCGCGCGCGACUCUGAGAAAUGGCUUCGAGGAGCGUCAUCUCCUCUUUGUUAUAUCGGGUGUAUAUUUUGUUAGUCUUGAAUUGAAUUAUAAAACGCAUGAUUCGCUGGGGAAGCGCUUAAAAAAAGACUGUGAUUGCGGAGGAGAUUUGUAGAGGGAAAGAGAGAGCUGCUAGUGCGCUGAUAAUUCUGAUAGAUAAACUUCGCACGGAAGGAAUGAUUUGGCUGAAAAAUUUAAAAUUUUGCUGGAUGUGAGAAUAAUUUUGUUGGACCAUCAAAAUAAUUGCUGGAAAUGAAUUGAACUGUGACAAGCAAUGCAAAAAGUUUUGAUAUUCUAGCAACCAGUUUGAGUUUCUAACAAAAUUAUUUUGAUGCUCCAACAGAAUUAUUUUAAGAUCUGUAUCCGGCAAAAUUUUUGAUCUUUCAGCAAAAUCGCUCCUCCCAUGCGGUGAAAAACCCUGCAUUUUCGCCUUUAUAUAAGACAGCACUAAACAUCAAGCACCAAACGUUGUUCGAUCUGUCAGAUACAGGAUGAUCAAUCGUGUUAGUUUAAUAUAGAAAGAUAUUAUCUACUUUUGAAGUAAAUUUCUUUUGUUAAUUACAAGGAUAGAAUGCGUGUAGGAAAGAUCACGCGUUCGAAAGUGUUCACAAAGGCGUCUGCAAUACGUCCAAAAUCUUUAAUUUAUCUUGUUUCUUUUUUGUAUUCAAUUUUACGGUUA